CGUCCUCCUCUUCAACCGCGCGAGCCAAACCAUCGCGAUGAUGAUGUCGACAACCUGCAUUAUCGUUUUUUUAGGCCACGAGGUAGAGAAUGGUUGCAUUGGCAGGCAUUACGUCUCCGUAUUCAGCUGUGUCGCCUUUUUACCCCUCACAAUUCUGGUCUCGGGGAUCGCACGUUCAGAAUUGGACCACAUACAGUCCUGAAACGAGGGUGGGCCAUCACAGAGGCGGAGGCAGAGUCGAUGCGUUUCGUGGCCGCACACACGACCAUACCUGUUCCACGAGUUUAUCGGUCAUACACGAUCUGUGGGAUGGUACACAUCGAGAUGGAGUACAUCAAGGGAAAAAACCCGUUGAAAUCAUGGGACCGAAUGUCUCAAGACGAGAAGAGGAAAAUGAUGGAUGAACUCGAAGACUACGUCAGACAACUGCGAGCCCUGCCGCCACCGUAUCCCGAGGCCGUUUGCGCCGUUAAUGGUGCGUCUGCAUACGAUCAUCGCUUUGGAAUCUACCCAGCUGGACCUUUCGAAACCCAUGAUGAAUUCCAUCGCUUUCUCCGAGAGGAUACCGACCUUGACUCUUGGAACGAGGAAGGCUGGGUCGAGGUCUUUCUCUCACAUUCGAAAUCUUACACCUCGAAAUUUACCCACGGCGACCUCGCUCCACGGAAUGUUCUCGUCCGCGACGGGAAGAUAGCAGCUAUAAUCGAUUGGGAUAGUGCUGGGUGGCGGCCCGAGUAUUGGGAAGUGACGAAGGAGCGCUACUCGGAUCUGGGCACGCCUGUUGAAUGGCACGAAGCUGUGCAGCGAGGGUCGGGGCAGAACUACGAAUUGCAGCUGGCGGGAGAGAGGCACCUCUAUCGCCCAGGUGCUUUUACUGAGUUUCCCACUAAUCCGAAGAAGUCAUAUCGGUGAGGCUGGCUCACUCGUGCUAUAUGUGUCUUCUUUCCUUGUUCAUCUGAUUAUCUUUUUCCCAUAUCGUUACCCCUCUGAUGUUUUGUUCUCAAUAUGAUCUCUGUGUGCGAUGUGCUUCGUUGCCAUACAUCGAAGUCCCAAACUAUCAUGCGCUACUGAUAAACCCUUUUCCUGUAUCGUACAAAAAUAUAGACCCCUUCC